AUGAAUUCUGCAGUAUGUUUAGCUUUUUUAUGGUGGAUGCUGGCUAAUCGAGGGUCGGCACAGCUUCUCGACGUGAACUGUGCCGCAGUUCCUACUCACUCUGGAGAUUUGAGUUUUAAUAGUACGUGGAUGGCACUAGUUGUGUUGCCCAAUAAAACCUGCAGUGGCGUCCUGAUUCACAAACAAUUUGUCAUAACAUCAGCCAGCUGCAUAUUUAAACAAGGAAAUGCCAUCGUCCGCUUGGGGCAGUUAAAUAGCGAUAAAGAGCAUGGUAUUAGUGACGAGUAUCGCAUUGAAGAAUACCAGAUCCACAGUUCCUACAUUCAUAGUUUCUACGAUGAAAGCAAUAUGGAGCAUGACAUAGCUUUGCUGGAACUAGAGAACGAAGUGCUCUAUAAUGCCAACAUUCGUUCAAUUUGCAUUUGGUUAAACGAAACCGAAGUCGACACACAAAAGUAUACAAGUUUUAAUACAGCACGCUGGGUUAUAGACGAAGAGAGUACGCAGCCGCGGGUCUUGACAAGCAAAAUAAGACAUUUUACCCGAUCCCGAUGCCAAAACGCCUUCAAAAUCCAUCUACGGAGCUCGCAUAUCUGUGCUGGCUACGAAAAAAACAUCAAGUGCCCGGGAACCGGAAGUCCCUUGUAUAAAUCGAUACGAUAUAACAAAGAACUUUAUACUCUCUUUGGUAUUCAGAGUUAUGGAGAUUUGAGAAAGUGUUUAUACACCGAUGUCACAAGCUACAUUGACUGGAUAUUGGGAAUUGUACUUAGCGUUGAUGUGAUAGUGCCGAAAAAUUCCCACGCACAAGAUUCUUGAAUAAACAAAA